CCACCCCCACCAGAUCUGUUGUCCUGCGCACCCCCUUCCAUCCCCUCCCCUCCCAUGGCCACCAUCUUAUCCCCAUCCUCCAACUCCCCCCACGACCACGACGACGACCACAUCCCCACCGCCACCCUAGCUCUCCCCUCCAUCGCCACCGCCUCCGCCUCCCGCCGCUUGCCCCCGCCCUGCUGGUCCCCUGACGAGACCGUCGCCCUCAUCGAUGCUUACAGAGACAAGUGGUAUUCCCUCCGGCGCGGCAACCUCCGCGCCAACCACUGGCAGGAGGUAGCCGACGAUGUCGCUUCUCGAUGCCCCGCCAGCCCCCCUAAGACCGCCGUCCAGUGCCGCCACAAGAUGGAGAAGCUCCGGAAGAGAUAUCGUGCUGAGAUCCAGCGAGCCGCCGCUCACGGAGGGGUCCGCCGCUUCACCUCCACGUGGGUCCACUUCCAGAGAAUGCACUCCAUGGAGAAAGGCCCCAAUCCUUCCCCUCCUUCCUCGGACGACGAAGAGGAGGAUGAUCAUAAGAACAGCAUCAAACGAAUCAAUGAUUUGUAUAAUUAUAAUAAUCAAAAGGGUAAUUUCGGAAGUCAAGGGCUUGAGAGUAACGGGGCAACAAGUGCUUUUCGAAUCAAGAUCCCGGGUCGGGCGACUACGGGACCUUCUGGGGCGAAGGUCUAUUCUAAGUUUGAUGAGAUGGGUGGUCAGAACCCUAAUUACCCUAACCCUAGAUUUGCUAAUUCUGUUGCUGGUGUCAACGGAGCUGCUUCUAGUAAGGUUUUGAGAGAUGCGUUUGUCGGAAGAGGUGAAAUAGGAAAGAGGGUGGGUGAGAUUUCGAAGAAAAACAAGGGGGAUGGGGUGGGCGAGGUGGUGGCAGCGAUACAGGCAUUGGGAGAGGGAUUUAUGAGAGUUGAGAAGGUGAAGAUGGAUAUGGUGCGACAGGUUGAGGAGAUGAGAAUGGAGAUGGAGUUGAAGAGGACGGAGAUGAUACUCGAGUCGCAGCAGAGGAUUGUGGAGGCAUUUGCAAAGGCAAUAUCUGAAAGAAGUGCUAAAAGGGUUAAAAGAAAUUCCACUCCUCCUGACUGCUAAAAUUGGAUUAUGAGUGAAAGGUUGGAUAUUGGAUAGUGUAUCUCCAUCUGUAUGUAACUUGAGACUUGGAAUUCGGAUUUUCUUUGCUUAGAGGUGGUCUUUUCCUGCUCUAUCUGAUUGUUAACUUAGGCAUUUGGAAGUUAGUUGGUCCUAGCUUGUUCGGAAGUUGGUGUAGCUUGACCUUGCUUUUUGAUCAAAUUUUUUUUGAAAGGUAUGGUCUCUUGAAUAUGUAAAUCAGAGUUUCCAUUGUUGAAUUCAUAAAUUUUCAGUGAAGCUUCUUCCUUUAUGAA